AUGGCAACAGUUGGUAUUGAUAUUGGUACAGGCUCAGUGAGAGUUUGUUAUCGUAAUUCUGAAAAAGGAAUCUUUGAAUCUUGGAGCAAACCAAUUCAUACGCAUAAUAUUAUUGGUGAUGUUAUUUGUCAAUCAUCACAAGAUAUAUACAAUUCUAUACAAGAAUUAAUCAUUGAAAUACCUUAUAAUGAUAUUAAAGGUAUAUCAACAACUGCUACUUGUUCAAUGGUAGUAAUGAAAAUAUCAAAUACUAUAGGUGAUAAUUUACAAAUAAACCCAUUUGAAUUCCGAUCAUCAAACUCAAAUGAUGAUAAAGUGUAUGAUAUAUUACUUUGGAUGGAUAAUUCUUCAACAACUCAAACUAUUCAAUUAAAUGAAACUCUAUCUACACCAAUUAAGGGAAGAUUAGGUGGACAAAUUAUUCCGGAAUUAGGAAUUCCCAAAUUGAAAUAUCUUCAAGAUACUUAUCCUACUGAAAAUUUUAUCGUUUUUGAAUUAUACGAUUGGAUAAAUUUACGAUUAACUGGUAUUGAAAAUAAGUACCAAUAUAAACCGGUCACAACUGAUAAGGAAGGUUAUGCAAUUGAUGGAUCAGUCAAAGGAUGGAGUCAAGAAACUUUACGUGGAAAAUUUGGAGUAAACAAUGUAAAAGUAGGUGGUGGACAACUUCUUCCGUUGGGAUACCCUAUGGGAAGAUUUUCUACUAGAGGUAUCGAUGCAGUUGUAGCUCAUGGAUGUAUUGAUUGUUAUGCUGGUUGGUUAUCUACAAUAAUCAAAUCAGAAAGUUUAGAUGAAGAAAUAUUAUCGAUGGUGGCUGGAAGUUCAACUUGUUUCAUUUUUUCAAGUCAAAAUCAAGAACAAGAUCCACCUUUCAUUCAUGGUAUAUGGGGCCCAUUUAAUAUAUGGGGAAAGAAGUAUAAUGUAUAUGAAUUUGGUCAGCCUGCUACAGGCUUAUUGUUUGAAAGAUUGUUCAAAAGUUAUGCAGAAUUAAUCCAUAGCCAUAUUAAUACCAAUGAUAUUGGUUUAAUAUUCAAAUGGAUUGAAGAUGAGACAGUUAAAAUUGAAGAGAAAUUGAAAAAGCCGAUAAAUUCAAUCAUCAAAAAUGACUUUUAUUAUGGUGAUAUUAAUGGAAAUAGAAGUCCUUUACUUGAUUUCACAAUGAGUGAGAUAGUUAUUGAUGGUAAGAAUAAUACACCUGAAUUAGAUCAUUGUUCUAUUAUUAAUGGAAAGGAUGUUACAAGUUUGAUUAUCAAAUAUAAUCUCAUACUUGAGUUCCUUUGUUUUCAGACUAAACAAAUAUUAUCAGAAUUCUUAUCUGAUAACUUAAAUGUAUGGAAAGUUAUUAUUACUGGAUCACAAAGUUCUAAUGAACGAUUCUUAAAAUUACUUAGUGAUAUAAUUCAUAAACCUAUUAUAAAAAUUAAGUCAGAUACUAAUAACAAUACAAAGUAUAAUGUUGUGAAAGGUGCAUCAAUGAUUGCAGAGAUGGCAGUUAAAUUAUCAUCCAAACAAUAUUUAAUAGAAGAUGAAUCUUAUUAUGAAAUAAUGAAGCAAGUUAUAAAUCAAGCCAAUGGUUAUUUGAUCCACGAAGAAGUGUUACCUACAAAUCAAUUAACUUCACUAUAUAAUAUUAAAUACAAUAUCUUCUUAGAUAUGUGUAACAGUCAACAAAAGUAUAGAUCAUUAAUUAAUAGUAUAGAGUAG